GGCUGGCAGGCUCUCGUGCCCUGUCUCGGCCAAAAUGGCGGCGGGGGCGGCAGCAGCGGCGGCGGCGGCGGUAGCCCGGCUGGAGGGCCGCGAGUUCGAAUACCUCAUGAAGAAGCGCUCGGUGACCAUCGGGCGCAACUCCUCGCAGGGCUCAGUGGACGUGAGCAUGGGCCACUCCAGCUUCAUCUCCCGGCGGCACCUCGAGAUCUUCACUGCCCCGCCCGCCCAGGCCCCGGCCGUUGCCAAUAACAGCAGCAGCAGCACCAAUGCCUCAGCCGCCGCCGCCGCCGCCGGGCCAGGCCCGCAGUCCCAAGCCCCCCACCCCGCCCCCACGGCUUCCUCCGGCGGCGACUUCUACCUGCGCUGCCUGGGCAAGAACGGCGUCUUCGUCGACGGAGUGUUCCAGCGCCGGGGGGCGCCGCCGCUGCAGCUGCCCCGAGUGUGUACAUUCAGGUUUCCCAGUACAAACAUCAAGAUUACAUUUACAGCUUUAUCCAAUGAGAAAAGAGAAAAACAGGAGUCCCCACAGUCCCCAGUGAAACCUGUACAACUCCAGAUAUCUCCCCUAACAAUAAACAUUCCAGACAACAUGGCUCAUCUGAUCAGCCCCCUACCUUCUCCUACAGGAACCAUCAGUGCUGCAAAUUCCUGCCCAUCUAGUCCUCGUGGCGCAGGUUCUUCAGGGUACAAAAUGGGUCGUGUAAUAUCAUCUGACCUACAUCUAAUGGCUGAUAACUCACAGUCAGAAAAUGACAAAGAAGCAUCAGGGGGAGAUAGCCCAAAGGAUGACUCAAAGCCACCUUAUUCCUAUGCACAACUAAUAGUACAAGCAAUUACCAUGGCACCUGAUAAGCAACUUACACUAAAUGGAAUCUAUACGCACAUAACUAAAAACUAUCCUUACUACAGGACAGCAGACAAGGGCUGGCAGAAUUCAAUACGUCACAAUCUUUCUCUGAAUCGCUAUUUCAUCAAAGUACCACGUUCCCAGGAAGAACCAGGCAAAGGCUCCUUCUGGAGGAUAGAUCCUGCCUCUGAAAGCAAAUUGAUAGAGCAGGCUUUUAGGAAAAGGCGGCCGAGGGGAGUACCUUGCUUUAGAACCCCACUGGGACCUCUCUCUUCUAGAAGUGCCCCAGCUUCCCCUAAUCAUUCUGGGGUUUUAUCUGCUCACUCAAGUGGUGUGCAGACCCCAGAGAGUCUGUCAAGGGAAGGGUCUCCUGUCCCAAUGGAGCCUGAGCCUAACACUAUUCAGCCAAAAUUAGCAGUAAUACAAGAAGCACGGUUUGCACAGAGUGCCCCAGAAUGUAUGCUUUACCACCGAGCUCCUGGCCUUCCAUGCUUAAAUAUGGGUUCUGUGAUGGGAAAAGGAUCACCCUUAUCUAGCCAGCCUGUUUUAAUUACUGUACAGAGGCAGCUACCCCAAACGUUGAAACCUGUCACAUAUACUGUUGCUACUCCUGUGACAACAUCAACAUCCCAGCAGCCUGUAGUACAGACGGUUCAUGUUGUUCAUCAAAUCCCAGCUGUGUCUGUCACUAAUGUGACUGGAUUAGCACCAGCAACUACUUACACUGUAGCUGGACAAGCAGUGGUCACCCAAGCAGCAGUGGUCACCCAACCAAAGGGUGAACUUCAAGAGAAUGGAGAUCACAAUGACUUGAAAGUUAAAGUGGAACCGAUACCAGCCAUUAGCCAUACAACUCUAGGAGCUGCUAGUCGGAUCAUUCAGACAUCUCAGACGACACCCUUACAGACAGUUACUCUAGUACAACAAACACCUCUAGGUCAACACCAGCUACCAAUAAAAACUGUCACCCAGAACGGAACACACAUAGUACCCAUCACCACAGCAAUUCAAGGUCAGGCCAACAGUGCUGCCGCAAGUCCUCUCCAUAUGUUAGCAACCCAUGCAUCUGCAUCAGCUUCACUUCCAACGAAACGCCAGAAUGGAGACCAGUCUGAACAGCAAGAAUUGAAACGUAUCAAAACAGACGACGGAGAAAGCAUAGUUAUAGCUGUGAAUGUUGAAACCCCACCAGUGGCAGUGAGUGAACACAGCGGCCAGAACUAGGAGGAAUCUUUCUUUUUAAAAUAAUGCUCCAUGGUGCCAAAAGGAGACAUUUUAACACCCAUAAUAUUGAACAUUUCCCCUUAUGGUGGGGAUAGGGGCCCUGUGACUUCAACUUUCAGCACUGAGAAACACAGGUGGCCUUAGGACUCCUUAAUUUAAACCACGCCCCGCAACCACAUCCACAGAAGACGUGUGAAACCUCCUGUUCCAGAGGCUGUGACCCCCUUUCCCCUCCCUACUCCUUGCCCGUCUGAAGUGACUCUGUGUUGAGAGAUACAAAGUUGGGGAAGACGGCAACUUUACAAACCUCUGUUGGAUUAUCUCAAUGAUGGAUUUACCUGAGUACAUCACAGCAUGAUAAAAGCUUCGUGAGACUGGGUUUCAGAUGAUUGUAGAUUCCUCAAAGGGAACAGAGGGCAAGGAGGCAUUUCCUACAUCUUGGCAGCUAGCCUUUCAUAACAACCUACCCAAUGCAGUUGUUGGUAGAUAUGCAGUAUUUUGUUGUUCACAUGUGGAAUUAGAAAUUUUUGAUGUGUACUUUCUUUUUGUUUUUCAAAAUAAUGGGGUCUUUGACAUUUCAGAUCACUCCAUUUCUACUCCAGAAACUUUGGAAUCACACAAUACUUUUCAUGUGAAGUUUCGUUUGGUAAAACUGAAUGUAGGGUUUUUAAACCAAUGGAAUGAUUUAAUUUUGUCCUGUUAAAGUUCAAACAAAGCUAACUUGUUACAUCUGCAGAUUUUCAUAUUUUAGCAGUUGCCUGAUAAAUUUAAUCCAAUUUUAUUACCUUGUGUAGUGAUCAAAUGCUUCUUUGGGCUUGCAUGUAACUGAUUAGAAAUACAGUGUAAAUGAGCCGUUAACUGACGUAAAGAACUGCUAUGAAUUUGACCAGAGCUGCACUUACCUGUUUCUCUUUCUUGCUACCUUUUGCUGUUUGUUACUUUGUGUUGACGUUUGACUGUCCCUGGCAUUUUUUUCCCAGUCUCAAGUAAAACAAGAGUCUCACUGAAUAUUGUGUAUGUUUAAAAUAACAGACUGGUCUUCGUUUAGGAAAAAAAGAAGGUUCUUUAUCACAAGUCCUUUUAAAAAGAAAAAAUAUCUUGUCAGAUAUUUAGUAUUUUUAAGCAUAAGCACCCACUAGUAGAGAUUAAUCUGAUGAGUUUAUCCCUAACUUUUGAUGUCCUACACAGGCCUUCUGAGGUCUUAAAAGUAGCUAUUGUGGUUUUCUAACAGUGGCUACGCUAUUAUAAUAAAUGUGUUUUUUAAUGUGUGUUCAGAGUUGAACAUUUUAAAGGCAACUUCUCAAAGUUGUGAUGGUAGAAUCCACCUUCUGUUUCAAAACUGAAGUAAAAGCUAAGACAGUUUGUUUGUCUUUAAUUCAUAUUUUGUCUUGUCCCUUCACAUAUUAAGUUGAGUUAAAUGUGAAGACGGGGCUUUAACCUUUGGUUUGUCCUUUUUUUGGGCUAUAUCAUUAUUUAUGUGGGUUGUUUCUUUUCAUUUCAAGAGGAAUCUGUAUUUUCAUGAUGGACUGAAAUGGAUUGCAAUGGCUUAUAUUUAGUCAGGGUUUUGUUUUGUUUUUGGAAACUGUUUUAUCUGAAGACCAAAUAUGAGAAAUCUGUCCCAAGUAUCAUGUUAACCCCCACAGUAGAGCUGUCACAAUGUCAAUGCAGAUAAUACAUAUUAAAAAGAUUAUGAAAAAUGGAUGUACAAUAGCUGAAUUUAUAACAGCCACUAUAAGUUGGGUGAAACAAAACCAUUUCUGUAUCUGCAGCAUUCUAUUUUCUUUGCUGUGGUUAUCUUAUUUAGAAGUAAUUAUAUUGAAUUAUAUUGGCAAAAUGAUUAUAAAACUACUAUUUCAUGAUUAUUAGGCAAACUGCUGCAAGUUUUUUGAAUAAAAAAAUAAAAUCUGAUGAAAUUCUUUUAAUUCAUUCUAAAUAACUCAUACCCCCAAAGAUUUCUGAUAUAGUCAGUGUAGUUUAUGAGCUAGGCAGAGACGAUGUAAAAUAUUGAAAUAGGAUUUAAUCCUCAUAAUGUUAAUUCUCUAUGUCCAUGAGAAGAAGUUAAAACCCAAGCAGGUAGUAGUAUCUCCCCGUUGCCAUCUACCCUUGGCUAAGGAAUUCUUCUUGUCCUGUGUGACUAUGGGAAGCUCAAUGUGCCUAGCAGGAAUCAAGCAGUGGAUAAAAAGGCAGGUUAUUUUCCAACAUGGGUGCAUUUCCGUUUGAACCACUUGUUUUACCUUCCUUUUAUUUUUCAUUUUUGUCCAUCUACUUGGCUAUAAGAAAACCCCCAAAUACUUUACUGAAAUUUUAAUUUGGCCUGUCCUCCGCUUUUGCUGGGAAUGCUUGCACGAUUUUAACACGCAGAAAUUUCUUACAGCCACAAAUACCUUAUAUGCAAACCCGCCUAAUAGUUCAGCAUAUCCUAAUAUUUUUUAAUGUCACUGUUGCUUUAAAGAAAUUGAAUAACAGGCUCAUUGCAUAGGUCAGUGCUUCAUAAAUUGUCUGAGGUGGUGGUCAUCAACCUCCCCCCCCCCCAUGUGCCAGGUUCUGACAGUAUAUUGUGCUAUGUUUUGUUCUAUUUACAUAGUUACUUGGAAAUUAACUGUGAACCAGUAGCCUGUGGCUCAUAGACCAGCAUCAGUCCACUUUGAAUGGCACUGGCAUAUGCAAAGGCGUGUGCAGUUUCUGAAUAUGGGAUUAGAAUUGCUGUUAGAGCACCCCAAUGUCAGUGAUGGGAAGCCUUGAAGAUUAAAAUUAGCUAAUGUAGUUUCGUGGCUUUUAUGCAGAGUAAAAAAAAUGCAGUCACAGUGCUGAUGCACUAAGGAAUAUUGGGCUUGCUCUCAUUUGUGUACUUUUUAACACUUUACAAAGAUGAAAAACCAAAAAGCACCAAAGCAUCAUAAAAACACAGAACCAUGGAGUUGGAAAGUGCCUCUAAGGCUAGAGUCCAACCCCUUGCUUAGUGUAGGAACACUAGCUACACAUACCCCACAAUAGUUGUCCAGGCGCCACCACUUCUGUAGGUAAUUGGUUUCCUCUCAACUGUUUUGACCGCCCAGAAGUUCCUUCAGUAGAAAUCUACCCUCCUGUAACUUAAAACCAUUAAGCCAGAUCCUACCUUUUAAGGUAGCAGGGAAUAUGUGCUCUGCCCUUUGUGACAUCCCUUUAGAUAUUUAAAGAGGGCAUUCGUAUCACCUCUCAGUGAACGCACCCAGCUCUUUUAGCCUUUGCUCAUCUGUUUUGUUAUCCAUACCUCAUAUCUUCAUUGUUGCUCGUCUCUGAACCUGCUCCAACUUGUCUGUAUUCUUCUUAAAAUGAAAUGCCCCAAACUGGGUGCAGUUGAACAGUCUAUUUUGUGUUGCUUGCUGCUUGCUUCUCAGUGGCUGAGAGCAGAUAUAUUUUUAAUUCACUCUGAUAGAAGACAGAUGUAUUUGAGGACUCCUUUAGAUACCUGGACAAAGUGGGUCUAAGAACACAGCUCCUGACAUGAAAUACUUUGAACUCAUACGUUCACAAUGUCCUAACAGCAACUGAAUUGAUGUGGGCAAAGUGCUGCUAGGCAACAGGGCUAUCAUGACUACAGCUUUUUACAUCAUCCAUUCAGCUAUUUUCAAGAGGCGGCUCUGUGUAAAUUCUGAACAGUGGUACUGUUAUAAGCUAUGUAUGAUGAAAAAUGAAACAUGACCUCUAAUCAUCAA